AUAUUAUAUUGAACACGUAUUAGCAUUGAGAAAAAACUAUAAUUAUAGAAAUCCAUAAUGUAGUAGGUAGUAAUACUACUAUUUACUACUAUAUAUAGACAUAUAAUAAUGCAGUAUGUGGAGCAUCUCCGGAGUGUAAAGUAAAAAUAAGUUUGAAUUUAAAAAACAUUGUUUUAUUAUCAUAACCGUUUAAGUGAUAAUGUGAUAUCACGUGAUUAUAAAAUAUAUUCAUAAAUACUACUAAAGUACUAAUGCACAUGUAGAUAAGAAUAUGUGUAUGGCAUGUGCACCGCGGUACCGAGAUAGGUACACCGUACACGAUAUAUUAUAUUACACCGGUAAUAUUUAUUAUUAUUUGAAUUCGAAUUAAAUUAAACAAAGCUAUGAGUGCGUUAAACCUAAAGAGUGUAAAACGAGAUUUUUCACAACUCAAUUACCGACCAGAUGUCUGUCAUCCAAGUCUAAUCAAUGAGUUGAAGAAUAUUUUAGAAGCCACAGGGCUCCGUCAAGAAUAUGAUGCUUCUAUAAGUAAUAUAAAUUCUCAUUCGCUCAUCAACAUCAUUCAACACGUAUGCAAGAUAUGUUAUUCAGAUAAAUGUAACAAGGAAUUGGUUGACAACUUCUUAACAUUUCUAGCUAAAAUAUAUACCGAACAUUGUAUUGAUGAUGCAGUGAAACAAACUGUUACAAAAUGCUUAAAAACAUGUCCAGUUCUAUGGCGAUCAGAAUUAUCAAUUGCUAUUUCAUGUCAGUUUAUUUCAAAAAUGGAAAAUAAGCAGAAUUUAUCUGAAACAGAAUAUUUCUUAAAAACAUUAAAUGAAUGUUGUGAAAAAUUUCCAGAUUUUAUUUUAAAUUGCAUUGACAAAGUUAUGGUAUUUUUUGAACUUAAUCUACGUCAAUCAUAUGAAAUAUUAGUUUGUGAAAGCUGUCCUACACAAAAAAUAUCAGCUAUCAGAUGUAUUCAUGAAAGUUUUCGCUUUUUUCUAACAGCUUAUAAAAAAAAUGUAUUUCCUGAGACUAUACAUUUUAAUGCAUGUUUUAUGGAUUUAUUAGAUAGUGAUCAAUUACCUAUGGAAACUCUUUUUAACUGUUGCCUUUCAAUAGUAUACUCACAUAUCAAAAAUAAAUCUACUCUUGAAUGCUGGAAGAUGUGUUUGGAUAAACUUUCAACGCGAUCAGAUUUGAUUAAGUUAGGAUUUUGUGUGGCAAUAUUAAAUACUUUCACUGGUGAAGAAUUAAGAAUGAUUGAACCAGGCAGUGAAAAAUCAAUUUGUUCUAAUUUAUAUGAUAUUAUAAUGGAAACCAGUAAUAGAAAUUUGAAUGAUAGCAGUAUUAUAAUAUCUUCAAGCCGAGUGUUGGUUAUAUUUUUAAAACGAUUAUGUACCAAAAGUGAAAUUAAUUUAGAAAAAGAGCAAAUUGAAAGAUUAAUCACUUUUCUUUGGAUACGCCUGGAUCAUUUUAUAGAUGGUGUAAGGCAUUCUGCUAGAGACGCCAUGAUAAAUAUAAUAAAAAUGAAAGAUGAGCAUAUAUUAGAUAAUGUAUUGAAACGUUUAUCUACAUGUGAUAAAAAUUCCAAAGCAUUUUUUGUUGUUUUAUCAAUUAUAUCAGAUAAAGUUGAUUCUGGAUCAAUUAUUAAAUAUUUACCUAAUAUUUCUGAAACUUUAAUAGAUUUAAUGACUUCUAACAAUUCAGCUGUAACAGUUUUUAUAAAUUUGAUGUUGAACCAUUAUACAAUAACUGAAAAUAAACUUUGGUUUGACUAUUGGUUGCAUCCAUUAUUCAAGAAAACAGAUAAAUUAGAUAUAAAAUAUUUUGAACAAAUUAUUACUAAGGCUGUUGAACUAAAUCCAGAUGUUUCAAAACAUAUAUAUGAUUUAAGUAAUCAAAAUGAGUUAUCAUUAAAAAUAUAUUUAAUUUGUUUCAACAUAGAAAAAAAAAAUUACUUAACAAAUAAUGAUGACAGAAAUUGGAUGAGUCAGACGAAUAUUGAAACAUUAAAAAAAGCUCUUCAUAAUAAUGAUGAAAAUGUCCGUUUUAUUGCUGUAAAUCUUAUUUUGGAUUGUCAAAAAAAAACUCAACCAUUCACAGAUAAAGAGUUGGAAUUAAUGAAAUACUUUAUUAUUUAUAAUAUUAAAACUGAAAAGGCAUCUGUUAGACAAACAAAUUUGAGCUUUGUUAAAAAAACACUUAUAAGAAUGAAUGAAAGUCAAUUUUCUGUUUCAGUUAGAAAUGAUGAAUCUUUAAAUUCAAAAUUACUUAAAUACUACACAGAUUUUCAACAUUGGUUCUCAAAUUUUUGUUUUCAAAACCUUUUUCCUGAUGCUAAUUUUUUCAGGCGCAAUUUUGCUCUUGAGUCAUUACGUCUUAUUCAAACAUAUCUUCUCCCAACUGGUAUUAUAGGACUUAAUGAAUCAAACAAUUUCUCUGUAGUUUUAAAUUGUUUAUGGGAUACAUAUGAACAAAAUAAAAUAUUAGCUAAAGAUAUAUUAACUUACAACAGCCAAGAAUUAAUCAAAGUGAAUAAUAUAAUAAUUGAAGAUAUGUUGAAAACAUCUAAAAUAUUAGCAUCUAGUACUAGCCCACCUGAUUCUAUUACAGCAGGAUAUUUAUUAGAAGUAAUUAUAUUUUUGAAACAAAAUACAAAUCAUGAAAAAAGUACAUAUUCUAUUAUAUUGGAUUUACUGGACAACCUUAAAAAAGAAAUUGAGCUAGCUGAAGAAAAUCUUACUUUGGCAUCAGCAAAAGGACCAAUGUAUGGAUUAAUUCACACUAUAAGACAUUUACUAAAUACUCUUAAUUGGCAGAAUCAUUGUUUUAAGGAUAGUUGGACUACUUUCAUAGAAAACUUAUCAACAACUUGUUUAAAAUGUAUAAAACUUGUAUCUUUUGUUGUAAAUGAUUCAUCUCCUGAGGGUAUUAUUCCAAUGGACGAUUUAUAUCAAAAUGAUUGUCAAGUGACUUCACAAAUGGUUCUACUUUGUUGCUGGCGUACGACAAAAGAAUCAUCAUUAUUAUUGGCAGAUAUAGUCAGUAUUAUUGAAACACAAGAUUCGAACUUAAGCAAUGCUCUGAUAACAAAAAUAUGUUCAUGCUUAACUUUAUUACUUUCUGAAACUAAACACCGAGGUGCAUUUGAACAAAUAUAUGUUGCAUACUUAAAAGUUUGCUCUAUCAUGUGGAAGUCUCCUACGUUACACAAAAUUCCUCUAAAAUAUCUUGAAGAUGUGUUAACUGAGAUUAAAACUGGAUUGGAUGAAUCAUUCUGUGUUACAAGAAGAAGUGCUGGAAUGCCAUUUAUCAUUCAAGCACUAAUCUGUACAAACCAUGAUAAACGAAAAAAUGUUAAUUAUACUAUGGAAACAUUGAUAAGUAUGUGUGAAAAUAAGAAUAUAAAUGAAGAUUUAAAAGUUGGAGUGGUUCAUGCUCUGAAUGUUUUAAGAGCAUUAUUUAGAUGUUCACAGUUAGGAGAUCUAGUUGGUCCUUUUGUAUCUAGAGCAAUUGAUAUAUCUAUAGUAUUAUUUAACUCAUCAUCGUGGCCAAUUCGUAAUUCUUCUACAUUAUUACUUAGUGCAUUAGUUAAUCGUGUAUUUGGUGUUCCACGAUCAUCUACUGAAAUAUCUUGGAAAAAUCGUAUGACCGGUCGAGAAUUCUUUCAAAGGUAUCCAGAGUUAUAUGAUACAUUUUUAAAUGAAUUCAAAAAAUUUUCACCAAUGGACAUGAGGCCUUCAUUAUAUCCGACAUUAUUAAUACUUGCUAGACUAUAUCCAACACUUAAUGAAGCUACUGAUUGUAUUUUCCAGUUGGCCAUUUACAUUCCGUAUAUAUUUAAAUGCGCUCAAAGUCCAGUUAUGAAAACUAGAAUGUUAGCUGCAAUAUCAAUUGCACCUCAAGUUACACAAAAUAAAUUAAUUGAUCAUCUUUACAUAACAUACAAUGAAUUAAUUAUGAAACGUUCAAAAGAAAAUACAACACAUGGACUUUUAUUACAGAUGUUUAGCUUGGUUAAAAAUCUACCAAAACUUGCAUUAGAUGAUUUUGAUAAAUUAGUUUCAUUAACUGAAGAUCUUAUAAUGAACUAUGACCAGUUUACUAAUUGUUCUUUUAUCGUACAAGAAGUUUUCUUAAGAUGUAUUACAUGUUUAUGGCUUCAACUUGAUAAUUUACAGUAUAAUGAUUCUGUUAAACAAUUUUGUACACUUGUCUUGGAAUCAAUUACAAAAUCAGUUCAGACUAAAGCCAUCGGACAAUCAAAAUAUUUGGAAAGUGCUACAUUAUUGUUAUUUGCAAUCAGCCUAAAAGCUCAAACUGAUUUUUCAAUAGUUGUAUACAAUAUUAUGAAUAAUACAGUGCACUGUGAAACAGUAUUUAAAAUUUUAGGUAUUAUUUUAUCUGAAAAACCUGUUGAAAUUUGUGAUGAUUUAGAUCAUUUUAAAAAUCUCUAUUGGGAUCGCAAAGUUUUAGCAAACCAACUAAUAGCUAACAAAAGUCUUAUGGAGUUAGUCUGUCAACAGUGCACUUUAAUAGACUCAUCAAUUGAUAUGAAAUAUUUUGUUUUGUCAAAAUUUACUUCAGUUCUAGACAUAUAUUUCAAAAUGUAUGAUUCAAUUGACAAUUUUAUUUCAAAAUUGUUCAAUACUAGAAAAGACUCUGAAAUUGCCCAAGCAUUAUUAUGUAUAAAUGAAUAUUUGUAUACUCAAAAAUCUUUAGAUCAAUCAGUGAUAGAAAAAUUAACAUACUUAUUUGACAAUAUAUACUGCGACCAACGAUCUGAUGAGUGCAAAAAUGCUUGCCUUGACAUAAUUGUUGAUCAUUAUGAUUUACUUAUUAGAAAUAAUUCUAACGCCAUUGUUUUUCUCAAGCUAUGGAAUAUAAUGAUACAUUAUUCUGAAGAUAACAAUGAAGAAGUAAGAAAUCAUGUGUGGAGUUUGGUGAAUAAAGAUACAAACUGCACAAAAUCAUUUGAGUUAUUAUUUGACAAAUUUACAGAACACUUUGAACAAUUUCCAUCUGCUGUUCUCAUAGCUUUAAUAUAUUGGUCUUAUUUGGAUGUAGAAUUAUAUCAAGAUCGUCCAGAAGGACAAGUGUUUGAUGGUGGAGACACUAGUGAAUUUAAGGAACAUACAAUUCGAAGAGCUUUGGCACUUAAAAUAAUAAUUUAUCUAACAAAUAUCAACCCUCAGUCAAUUAAUUUGGAAAUGAGUAAUCAUCUACAAGAAUGGAUAAUUGAAGAAUGGACAACUGAUUUUAAUGAUAAGCCAACAGUUCUAAAUUUAAAGACGAUUGGGGAUUUCAUAACUUACUCUAAAAACGUGUAUUCAAUAACCAGCAAACUCAUAAGCAAACCCAUUAGUUUUAAACUAACCAAUUAAAACCGUCCAAUAAAUAUAAUAAAUACUAGUUAUUUUGUUUUAAAAAUUGAAUAUUGGUUAACACAAAAAAAAAAAAAUGUUAACAUCGAUAUGAUGCAGAGAUUUUGAUAUAUUUUAUUUUCAUUUCGGAUUCUAUUGACGAAUUUCUAGUGUUAAGUCAUUAUGGUGUGUGUAACCUGUAACUGUUUUUUAAUUGUUAUUUUUCCUAAUUGUGUAAUAUUUACACAAUAAUAUUGUUGCUGACCAACAAUUUACAAUCUAGUAUGAUUAUUGGUUAUAUACAAUAUAAAUACAGAUUUGUGCAAAAAAAGUACAUCUUUUUGACAAACUA